AUGGCCUGCGACCAGUCCGUCCCUCAGCCCUACGCCACCCAUAGGACAUCUCGGAUUUCUACCUUGAUUAAUCUUUUGCUCUUGGAACAGCCAGUGAACCUGUCCUCUUCUCCUGCUUCACCUACUUUAUCUCUACUCAAAGCGCCUUACAGCUCAGGCGAACCUAUCCAAACUGGCUUCCGGCCGCAUCAAGAUCCUCUGCUCAAGGGUUGGACGCAAUUCGCACACUAUGAUAGUACACCGCAAGCCAUUGAAGCGAAGCAGUACCGAAACCUCAUGUUCUACAUCUGUCUGUGGCUAGAAGUGACCUGGAUCGGGGCCGUCGGCUCUGACCUCCUCGGCCUGGGUAUUCCGUACCUCUUCAGGUUUAUGGCAAGGUAUCUCAAUUCAGCUCAUCAGAGGUAUUGGAGAGUGUUCAAGUUCAUGAGAAGGCCAAUUGCGUUUCUCGGAACCACACUUGUCACGUACAUCUUCUUUGCUGCUUGCAUCAACGAAAAUGAGCUCUUAGCCGUCAAUAUCAACAAAGCCCAGGACACCUUCGCUUGGGAUGAUGUGGUCGCCGAUGUCUUGGAGCAGCUGACCCUCUGGGUCUGUUUUUACUUCAUCGAAAAGCUUUUCAUAUCCUACAUCAUGAUCCACUACCACUAUCGAGCGGACAACGUGAAGCUCAAGCGCACAAAGGACCUGCAGAACGCCCUUAUCAAUCUUUACGAUGCCUCAGUCUUUCUGCACCCACCUCACAGCGGAACAUUUGCCGAGGAAGACAUACUCAUCCGCAACGCCAAAGGAGACGCCAAUGGCUCGGGCCGUGUCAGGGUUUCCAGCUACCUCGCGCGGCUGGGCAUCGACGGGUACAAAAUGACCAGUCUCUUUGGCAAUUUCAUCUCUGCCGAGCCCAAUGCCCACUGGCUGAGGCCUGCCAGCACAUAUGCGGUCAUCGAGCGUUCCUGGGCGAGCCCGGUGUCUGCGGUUGCGCUAGGGCGACGUAUUUGGCUGUCUCUAGUCGCUCAGGGCAGGCCUGGCCUCACGGUCGACGACAUAAUUGAGGUCCUCGGUCCUUAUCGCAGAGAUGAGGCUGUCAGGAUUUUCAAGGCGCUUAACGAGAACAACAGCCCCGACAUUCGCAUCGAGGAAUUUGUCGGGAUGGUCACAGAGGGCGGCAAGACCCGUCACGAUAUCUACCGUAACAUGGACAGCAUGGACCACUGUAUCAACACAUUCGACUGGUUCUGUCUUCUGAUUCUCGCCGGCGUCAUGAUAUUUUUCAUCAUGGUCCAGUAUGUGCCGGCCAUCAAGCAGAUUCAAACCAUUCUUUCCAGUCUUGCCAUCGGUCUUUCGUUCGCUGUCGGUCGUACGUUUCAUCAUCUCCUCGUCGGCAUCGUCUUCGUCUUCUUCGACCAUCCUUAUGACAUCGGGGACGUAGUGAAUGUCUACAACAUGGGCUCAACCGCCGCCACUGCCUGCGUCGUCAAGCAGCAAUCGCUUCUGUACACUGUCUUCCGGCGUCUCGAUAACGGCUGCGACCUCCAGAUCUCCAACGACCGGACCAGCUUCAAGGACAUCGUCCGCCUGCGCACGCUCCUAGAGGAGUUCCUCGCUAACAACGCGCGGGAUUACGUCCCGGACAGCCUCGGACUGAACGUCGUCAACCUCCAUGAACUCAGCAAGAUGGAGCUCAGACUGGCGUUCACGCAUCGCAAUAACUGGUCCGACGACAGGCUACGUGCCCAGAGGAGCAACAGGUUUCACUGCGCCUUGGUAGCGGCCUGCAGGGCCAUCCCGCUAUACAAGCCCGGCGCAAUGACCCCGAAGUCGGGUGAGAACGGCAAUCCGAUGUACACAGUCCAACUCGGUACCACUACCGAGUUGAGCGAGAACAUCGAGAAGGAGAAGGAUCGCAGACAGGGUUUGCGGUGGGAUGAUAUCGAGAUGGAUGCCCAUCUGAACACGAAUCCGACCACGGCCAAGAACAUGACAAUGCAUGUCGACUCCGAACUAGCCAAGUUGACGGAAGAGGAUGCAUUUAUCAGAUUUGCACGCCUCCCAGCUGUCUCUACUAAACAACCGGGUGUCAGUACUGCAAUCGACGUCCAGGCCAUGACAACAGGGCUGCGACAGACCACAAGGCAAGUAUAA